CAAGUCGGAGCAAUACGUGCACACCAAAAAGGAUAUACACAACACACACACACACACGCACACACACACCCAGCGACAUAUCCCCUCCUGUGGAUCCUUUUUGCCUGAUCAUCCAAAACAGAGCGCACCAAAGGAUACGCGAAAAGUGCAGCAGAAAGUGAUCAAAUAUCUACAUAAAAAGUGAUUUCAACUGGAGUGACUGAGUGUCUGGGAGUGUGCCAAAGUCUAGUCGAUUAUCCAACCAAAUUCAAAGACUCGCCCAUUCCGAUCGUUCCACCAAAGUGAUACAAGAAAUAUAGACAGACUGAACUGCCAGCGAGCCUGAUUAGCACCCAAGAAGCCACAUAUACAGCCACAGAAGAUGCCCAACAAGAAGAAAGCGCAGACGGGGACUGCAGCUGAUUGUGGGGAUGCCAGGGACGUGGUGAUCUCGGGACUGUCGGGCAAGCUGCCGGAGAGCAGCAACAUUGAGGAGUUCAAGUACAAUCUGCUCAAUGGCAUUGACAUGGUCACAGAUGAUCCCAGACGCUGGGAGGCAGGCAUCUAUGGACUGCCGGAGCGCAUGGCCAAGAUGAAGGAUGAGGAUCUGGAGAAGUUUGAUGAGAACUUCUUCAGUGUGCACCAGAAGCAGGCCGAGCUGAUGGAUCCCUGCAUGCGAAUGCUGCUGGAACUCACCCACGAGGCGAUCAUCGAUGCGGGCAUCAAUCCCGCCCAGCUGCGUGGCACCCGCACGGGCGUCUACAUUGGCUUGUCCUUUGUGGAGACGGAGCACGAGAUACCCAACAUGGAGCCGAGCACCAUCAAUGGCUACUGCCUGACGGGCUGUGCCCGUGCCAUGUUCGCCAAUCGCAUCUCCUACACCUUUGACUUCAAGGGUCCCAGCUUCAUCGUGGACACCGCCUGCUCCAGCUCUCUGGUGGCCCUGUCCCAUGCCUACGCGGACAUGCGUGCCGGUCGCUGCGAUUACGCCCUCGUGGCGGGUGUGAAUCUCAUCCUGAAACCUAUUUUUGCUCUGCAAUUUCUCCGCUUGGGCAUUGUCAGCAUGGAUGGCGCCUGCAAGACUUUCGAUGCCGCUGCCAAUGGCUAUGCUCGGGCGGACACUUGUGCGGUGGUCCUGCUGCAACGUAGAUCUGAGGCCAAGCGUGUCUACGCCUCCAUCCUGAAUGUGCGCACCAAUACGGACGGGUUCAAGGAGCAGGGCGUCACCUUUCCCAGCGGACAAAUGCAGCAGGUCCUGCUGCAGGAAACCUACAGCGAAAUUGGCCUCAAUCCGGAUGAUGUGGUGUACGUGGAGGCCCAUGGCAGUGGCACACCCGUGGGCGAUGAUCAGGAGGCCAACAUGUUGAGCAAUUUCUUCUGCCAUCCCGCAAGACCCACACCGCUGCUGAUUGGCUCUGUCAAGUCGAAUAUGGGCCAUGCGGAGCCUGCGUCGGGUGUCAGUGCUCUGGCCAAGAUGAUCAUUGCCAUGGAGGAGGGCAUUCUGCCCAGCAAUCUGCACUAUCGCACACCCAAUCCAGCGGUGCCCGCCCUGGUCGAGGGCCGCCUUAAGGUCGUGGAUCGUAACAUGCCCUGGCAGGGCGGCAUUGUGGGCCUCAACUCGUUCGGUUUUGGCGGUGCCAAUGCCCAUGUCAUUCUCCGCUCUCACGGGAAAUCCAAGGCGCCAAAAGCCACACCCAAAGCCACGGCGGAGGAGCAAUGCCUCAAGCUGGUGGUCUGCUCGGGUCGGACGGAGCCAGCGGUGCAGCAGCUGCUGCAGGUGGCCACCGACCAGCGGCACGACGAUGAGUUCUUGGCCCUCAUCAAUGACAUUCACUCGCAUGCCAUUCCGCUGCAUCCCUUCCGCGGCUAUGCCGUGCUCGGCCCCAGUGGCGCACUCAAGCAGGAGGUACUUCCAUUUGAGGAGGAAUCGCGACCCAUUUGGUUCGUCUACGCGGGCAUGGGCAGCCAGUGGGCCAGCAUGGCCAAGGAUCUCAUGCAGCUGGAUGUGUUCCGGAAGUCCAUUGAGCAGUGCGCAGAGGUGCUUGCCCGCGUGGAUUUCGAUCUAAUAGACGUUCUCACACGCUCCACCGAGCGCACCUUUGACAAUAUGCUCUACUCCUUUGUGUCCGUGUCUGCUGUGCAGGUGGCACUGACGGAUCUGCUCAAGACACUGGACAUACAGCCCGAUGGCAUUAUUGGCCACUCGGCAGGGGAGCUUGGCGCUGCCUAUAUGGAUGGCUGCCUCACGGCCGAGCAGACAGUGCUGGCGGCCUACUGGCGCGGACGCAGCGUGCUGGACACGCCCGGUCUGCCGCGUGGUAAGAUGGCAGCCGUGGGGCUGAGCUGGGAGGAGAUUGGCGCACAUCUGCCCGCGGAUUGCUAUGCGGUGUGCCACAACAGCGAGGACAAUUGCACGGUCUCAGGUCCUGUGGGUUCCAUGGACGCAGCCAUCGAGCAGCUGCAGUCGGAGGGCAUCUUUGUGCGUGAAGUGGGCUCCGGCGGCUAUGCCUUUCACAGUCCCUACAUCGAGGGCGCAGCACCAAUGUUGCGCAGGAACCUGGAGCGUUUGAUCACCGAGCCCAAGCCACGCAGCGAGCGUUGGCUGAGCACCAGCGUCAGGGAGCGGGACUGGCAGACACCCGAGAGUAGUGUGGCCAACGCUGGUUACUUCAUUAAUAACCUCAUUUCGCCGGUGCUGUUUCAGCAGGCUAUCCAGCACAUACCACAGAACGCGCUCAUUGUGGAGAUUGCGCCACAUGGACUCUUCCGUGCCAUACUCCGCUCCCUGGGUCCGCAGAUCUCCUACGUGUCCCUCAUGCAGCGUGGACAUGCCAACAAUUAUGAGUUUCUGCUCAGCCAAUUGGGCAGACUCUUUGCCUCGGGGGGACAGCCGCAGCUGCUGCGCAUCUUCCCGGAGAUAAGUUAUCCCGUGUCGCGUGGCACGCCCAUGUUGGGCUCCCUCGUGGGCUGGGAUCACACGCAAAAGUGGAACUAUCCCAAGUUCAAGGGCGGCCGACAGUCGGGACAACUGUGCGUCGAACUGGAUCUGUCCAAGGAGGAGAAUGCCUUCCUGGUGGGCCACAACAUCGAUGGGAGAAUACUCUUCCCUGCCACGGGCUACAUGACGCUCGCUUGGAUGAUGCUCGCGCAGCAGCAGGGAGUCGACUAUCUGCGCACUCCCGUGCUCUUUGAGGACGUCGUCUUCCAUCGUGCAACGAUCCUGAGUGCUGGGAGCAUCGUGAAGCUCUCGCUGAACUACUUUCCCGGCAGCAGCAGCUUUGAGAUUUGCGAGGGCAGCAGCCUCGUGGCCUCCGGCAAGCUGCGUCUCGUCACGGAUGUCACUCAGGAGCGGCUGCAUCUGCCCUCGCUGCCCGGCACUGCGGGCUCCCAGAAGCUCGCCACGAAGGACAUUUACAAGGAGCUGCGUCUCAGGGGCUACGACUACAGCGGCGUCUUUCAGGGCAUCCUGGAGUCCGACAUUGCCGCGGUCACAGGUCGCCUGCAGUGGGUGGACAACUGGAUCAGCUUCAUGGACACCAUGCUGCAAUUUCGCAUUCUCAGCAAUGACAUUCGCGAGUUGUACGUGCCCACGGGCAUUGAGCGGGCUCUCAUCGAUCCGCUGCGGCACAUGGAGCUGGUGAAGCGACACCAGCAGAAGCUGCCCGUCCACUGGCAUCGCAACAUCUCGGUGGUCACGUGCGGCGGCGUGGAGAUUCACAAAAUGAAAACUGCCCAAACGCAGCGCAGGUCCGGGGGUCAAUCUGCGCCCAGUCUGGAGCGCUAUCGAUUCGUGUCACAUGUGCAGCACUUGGGGCAGCGCGAGGAUCCGCAGCGCACUCGCAGCACCGCGCUGGCCGUGGCCAUGCAGCUGGUGGUGGAGAACAGUGGCUGCCCCGUGAAGCUGAAGGGCGUGCAGCUCUCGCCGGAGCCACUGCAUGCCCUGGAGCUGCUGGAACUGAUUGAAAGGGAGCCCAUUCUGGUGGCAGAUCUCGCUGUGCUGAGUGCUGCCUCCUCCGCGGAGUCCGAGCUACACGAGAAGCUCAAGGAGUCGGGUGUGAGGACCAUAACGAAGGAUCUCUCUGCAGGUGCCGUGGAGCAGCAAUGUCACUUUGUGCACGCCCUCGAUCUGCUCACAAAGCACAGCCUGAAGGACCUCGAACACUGCGUGGAUUCCCUCAAACCCGAGGCUGGCUUUCUGCUGCUCGAGGACUCCGCCAGUGGCUACAACCUCUCAGGCCGGGAUAAGCUGUCCAAACUCCAACUGCUGCCCGUGCUGGAGCACUUCUUUGGCACUGAUCGCGUGCUAAUCCUGGCCAAAAAGCGACCCAGCAUGGCCCAGACUCGUGGCCUCGUUGUGGCCAUUACGAACAAACAUUUCAAAUGGAUUUCGGAGCUCAAGAGCGCUCUCAGCAAGGCCCAAGCGGAGCAGCGUUGCCUCUACCUCGUGGCUCAGGGGGAGGCCAGAUCGGGCGCUCUCGGACUGAUGAACUGCCUCAAGCGGGAGCAGGGCGGCAACUGGGCGCGGCUCUACCUCAUGCUGGAUGAGGGUCUGCCGCAGUUCGCCCUCGAGGAGCCCUUCUACGCCGAGCAGCUGGCCAAGGAUCUGGCCAUCAAUGUUUACAGUCACGCCAGUUGGGGCAGCUUCCGGCACCUCAAGAUGGAGCCCCAGCAGCAUCUGCUGCCCGUGGAACAGGCCUAUGUCAACACCCUCGUCAAGGGUGAUCUUUCCUCGCUCCGUUGGAUUGAGAGUCCGAGGAGCAGCCAGCUGCCGGCCAAGGGCAACUUUGAGCCCUGCACCGUCUACUAUGCGCCCCUCAAUUUCCGUGAUGUGAUGCUGGCCUCCGGCAAACUCGGCGUCGAUGCACUGCCCGGGGAUCUGGCCUUUCAGGAUUGCGUUCUCGGCCUGGAGUUUGCGGGUCGCGACUCGCAGGGUCGCCGCAUCAUGGCCAUGGUCACGGCCAAGUCGCUGGCCACCAAUUGCCUGGCGAACAGGAACCUGCUGUGGGAAAUACCCGACAACUGGACCAUGGAGCAGGCUGCCACAGUGCCUGUGGUCUAUGCCACAGUGUACUAUGCGCUGGUGGUGCGCGGACAGAUGAAGAAGGGUGAACGCAUCCUCAUACACGCGGGCUCUGGAGGAGUGGGUCAGGCAGCCAUCUCUGUGGCUCUGGCUCACGGACUCACUGUGUUCACGACUGUGGGCAGCAAGGAGAAGCGCGAGUUCCUGCUGAAGCGAUUCCCCAAGCUGCAGGAGCGACACAUUGGCAACUCCCGCGACACAUCCUUCGAGCAGUUGGUCAUGACUGUCACCCAUGGCGAGGGCGUGGAGUUGGUCCUGAACUCCCUCUCCGAGGAGAAGCUGCAGGCUUCCAUUCGCUGCCUGGCACUCAAUGGACGCUUCCUGGAGAUUGGCAAAUUCGAUCUAAGCAACAACAGCCCCCUGGGCAUGUCCGUGUUCCUCAAGAACACUUCGUUCCACGGCAUCCUGCUGGACAGCGUGAUGGAGGGUGAAUCCGAGAUGCAGCUGAGGGUGGCUCGCCUCGUGACGCAAGGCAUCAAGAGCGGCGCUGUGCAACCACUGGCCACGACUGUCUUUGCGGACAAGGAGAUCGAGAAGGCGUUCCGCUACAUGGCCUCGGGCAAGCACAUCGGCAAGGUCGUCCUGCAGGUGCGCCACGAGGAGGAGCAGAAAUCUGCGCUGCCCAAACUGCGCCAGAUCAGUGCCAUUCCCCGCUCCUACAUGCACCCCGAGAAGAGCUACAUUCUGGUGGGUGGACUCGGAGGCUUUGGCCUGGAGUUGGCCCACUGGCUAGUGUCCCGCGGCGCUCGUUUCUUGGUGCUCAGCUCCCGUUCGGGCGUGAAGACUGGCUACCAGGCGCUCAUGGUGCGCCGCUGGCAUGAUCGUGGCGUUCAGGUGAUGAUCGACACGAAUGAUGUGACGACUGCGGUGGGCUGCCAGCGGCUGCUGGAGAGCAGCAACAAGUUGGCGCUGGUCGGGGGCAUCUUCAAUCUGGCAGCGGUGCUGCGGGAUGGCUUGUUUGAGGAUCAAACAGCGAAACAUUUCGAACAGGUGACGGCUCCCAAGCUGCUGGCCACGCAGCACCUGGACACACUCUCCCGCGGCAUGUGCCCCGCGCUGGAGUACUUCAUUUGCUUCUCCAGCGUGUCCUGCGGCCGUGGCAACAUUGGACAGACCAACUACGGCCUGGCCAACUCCGCCAUGGAGCGUAUUUGCGAGCAGCGGCAGAGCGAUGGCUACCCGGGCACGGCCAUACAGUGGGGCGCCAUUGGGGACACGGGUCUGAUCAUGGAGCACAUGGGCAACAAUGACACGGUCAUCGGGGGCACCCUCCCUCAGCGGAUGAACAGCUGCCUGGAGACCAUCGAUUGGUUUCUGCAGCAGCCACAUCCUGUCAUGGCAUCCAUGGUGCUGGCGGAGAAGCGCAAAACGGAGCAGACGAAUCGCCUGAGUUUGAUUGCAACGAUAGCUAAUAUUAUGGGUCUGCGGGAUGUGAAGAGUGUGCAGGAUAAGACAACGUUGUUCGACCUGGGCAUGGACUCCCUAAUGAGCACAGAGAUCAAGCAAACCUUGGAGCGGCACUUCGACUUGGUGCUCACAGCCCAAGAGAUUCGCCAGCUGACAUUCAGCGCGCUGAAGCAAAUCGAUGCACAGGAGCCCAGCACAGCGGCAGGAACGAACACUGUGGCCUCUGCAGCUGGCACAGGCGGCACUGCCGCGGAUCAGAUUAAGGGACAGGGACAGAGCGAUGAGACUCGCAAGGUAUUCGCCAAGGAAGUAUUACCCCAGGAGGUGCUCGUGCGUCUGCACUCAAGGGCUGCGGUGGCCAGCGAGGAGCCUGCCGUUUUCUUCCUCGCACCCAUCGAGGGCUUCACAAUUGCCGUGGAGGCUCUGGCCUCCUCACUCACCUGCCCCGCCUAUGGUCUGCAGUGCACCGAACAGGUGCCCCUGGACUCCAUCGAGGCCUGUGCCGCCUACUAUCUCGGGCAGAUUCAGCGCCUGCAGCCGCGUGGCCCCUACAACAUUGUCGGCUACUCCUAUGGCUGUCUGCUGGCCCAUGCCAUUGGCGUGGCCUUGGAGCAGCGACGCUUUGGCGUCAAGGUCAUCAUGCUGGACGGUGCCCCGACCAUUGCCAGCGGCUAUGUGCAGGAGGCCAAGAAGCAAACCGACGACCUCAAUCGACAGCAGUCCAUGACAUUGGCCUACUUUGGUGCUCUACUAGCCGAUGUGGAUUAUAAUCAGCUUCUGCAAUUACUGGAUGGCGUCAAGACGUGGCCUUCGAAGCUGGACAAGCUGGCCGAUACACUGGCCGGACACACGCAACAAACCAAAGAAGUGAUCAAGAAAGCUGCCUGCAUGUUCAAACAGAAGCUUUUGCUCUCGGAAAGCUACAAGGGUGCCAAGCAGCUGCACAGCGACGUGGUGCUAAUCAAAUCCGCCGAGCACAAUGCGAUAAUGGCACAGGACUAUGGUCUCAAGGAGAUUUGCAGCGCACAGAUCGAUAUGCAUGUGGUGGAGGGCACACAUCGGACAUUCCUCAAGGAGGCUCAAACGUUACAGAUCCUCGAGCGUGUGCUGAGGAAACGGAUCUAGUUGAUAGCAUCAUGAUUUACUCUGUAGCUGUUAAUGUAUCGUUAUAUUGUUUAUGUAUACCAAUAAUACACGUAGCAAUCUCACGGGAUUGUAUAAGUACUCGUA